AUGUAUCUGAUUUGCGAAGAUCCCACUUUGCGACAAGAUAUCCUCCAAGUACUCGGCUUUUCCGAUGACGAGAUGUCUGGCAAGGUGUUCAGCUUGUUCCCUGUGUUACCCACAAUUGGCGAUCUGGUUGUGGCUGUAGAGGACUUGUCUGACAAGAAUUUGCAUUCUGCGAUUAAGUACUUUCUAGCAAAUGCUGAGAAAGUGUUGAAGUUGGUGGUGCUGAAGAGAUGCUGGACUGACGGCGAAACAGAUCGCCUUGAUGAGAUCGUCAGAACGGAAUUCCAGCAAGCACAUGAAGGAAAUCAGUGUGCCUUAGAGAAGUUAACACAGCUUCCUGAUGGAACGUGGAAAAAUGAACGUAUGGAGCAACUAAAACGAUGGCGAACAAUUCCUUCAAUAAACUAUAGUGCUUUUGUAGUAGACGACAGCUUAAAAACGUCUUUAAAUUCAUACAUCGACAUAAUAACUCACACUUGUGUUGAUGGUCAAAUCAAUCAGACCACUGUUUCAAGCAAACCUCCGGUACGUUCAGCAAGGAAUUUUACCAAAUGCGGUCUAAUCGAUAUCUACAGUUUGCAUACUCUACUAGACAUAUUCAACUAA